GGCAGAUUAGGUGGACAGCAAAUGAAAGAGGAGUGUAAUAUCUUGAAGACGAAGAUACUUGACCAGACUAAUCAGGAAAUAAUGCUUAGCAUUAAACAUUCCAAUGAUGAAAUACUGGAACUGAAAAAAGCCAAUGAAGAUAUGACAGUAGAAGUUAAAAAGUUGAAAAUAUCUCACGAAGAUACAGUUCCAUGGAAUAUUAGAGUUCAAAUUAAUGAGAUCCUUGUGGAAUGGAAGGACAAUGAUGAGAUGUUUAUAACAACAGAAGCUACCAAACACGUAUUAAAAUGUAUAAAAGAGAAUAGUUGUGUAACAAUCGCUGCUAGUUCUGGUGUUGGAAAGACAGCCACACUCCGUAAUGUAGCUUUACAGAUGUCAGAUGAAGGGUACGAUGUACUUUUAGUGACAGAUCCAGGUGACAUUGUCAGGUUUUAUAACCCAAAACAGAAGACAUUGUUUGUUAUCGAUGAUUUAUGUGGAAACUAUUCUUUAAACCAGACUGACAUAAAAGUUUGGGAACCUGUCAUAGAGAGAAUUAAAAAGAUCCUGUCAAAUAAACUUGCAAAGAUAAUAGUAGCAUGUCGAUUACAAGUGUAUCAGGAUGAAAAAUUUGAAUGUUUAUCAUUAUUCAAAUCAUGUGUAUGUAACCUACUAUCAGAAAGCAUGUGCUUGACAAAAGCUGAAAUGUCGUCGAUAGCUGAGUUAUAUCUGAAAACUAAAGCUCCUGAGAUUAUAGAUUAUUAUGAUUUAUAUGAUUGUUUCCCACUUUUAUGUAAAUUAUACAAGGAAAAUCAUGCACUUAAUAUCAUAGAUUUUUUCCAGAAUCCAUUUACAGUUUAUGAAGCAGAGAUUGACAAACUACAGAAAAAAGGAUUUUCUAGUAAAUAUUGUGCUUUGGCUUUGUGUGUCAUAUUUAACAACAAUUUAAAAGAAGAGAUAUUAACAGAGAAGGUAAAUGAAGAAACGAGAACUAUUAUUGAGAACACAUGUGAGUCAUGUAGACUGGAUAGAGGGACAUCAAGGUUAACUUUACAGGAUGAACUGAACUCACUUAUACAUACAUUCCUGAAAAAGGAACAAAACAUAUACAAAACUAUUCAUGAUAAAAUAUUUGACUUUUUAGUGUACUACUAUGGACAGAAUAUAAUCCACUGCUUGAUAAAGAAUGCACAUAGUAGUUUAAUCAAGGAAAGAUUUUUACUAGAAAAACAAGACAAUAUGGAUCAGUUCAUGACAAUUGUGCCGCCUAAGUAUCAUGAAAUAUACAUACAAAGAAUGAUUAAUGACUGGUCAAAAGGUGAAGUCGGUGUUGUACAUAGUAACAUCAAUAUGAAGAUACCACAAUUCAGACAGAGAUUUCUAUGUGUACUGAAUGAACUGGAUGUAUCUUACCAGAAACAACUAGCACACACCUGUGAUGUACAUAACAACAAUACUGUUCUGUCAUGGUUUUGUUUUAUAGGUGACAUUCCUAUGAUUCAUUGGUGUGUUAAUCAUGGUGUUGAUGUUAAUCAGUGUGGGAAUAGGGAAAUAACACCAUUGCAUAUAGCUGUCCAUAAAGGUUGGACAGAAAUAGUACGGAUGUUGUUAGACAUAGGGGCGGAUUAUAAUAAAUGUGACAAUGAUGGUUGGUCGCCUGUAAAGAGUGCUUGUAGUCGGGGACAUACAGAAAUAGUAAGGAUGUUGUUAGACAUAGGAGCAGAUUAUAAUAAAUGUGACAAUGAUGGUUGGUCGCUUAUAAAGAGUGCUUGUAGUGGGGGACAUACAGAAAUAGUAAGGAUGUUGUUAGACAUAGGGGCGGAUUAUAAUAAAUGUGACAAUGAUGGUUGGUCGCUUAUAAAGAGUGCUUGUAGUGAGGGACAUACAGAAAUAGUAAGGAUGUUGUUAGAUAUAGGAGCGGAUUAUAAUAAAUGUGACAAUAAUGGUUGGUCGCCUGUAAAGAGUGCUUGUUGUGAGGGACAUACAGAAAUAGUAAGGAUGUUGUUAGACAUAGGGGCGGAUUAUAAUAAAUGUGACAAUGAUGGUUGGUCGCCUGUAAAGAGUGCUUGUAGUGAGGGACAUACAGAAAUAGUAAGGAUGUUGUUAGAUAUAGGAGCGGAUUAUAAUAAAUGUGACAAUAAUGGUUGGUCGCCUGUAAAGAGUGCUUGUUGUGAGGGACAUACAGAAAUAGUAAGGAUGUUGUUAGACAUAGGGGCGGAUUAUAAUAAAUGUGACAAUGAUGGUUGGUCACCUGUAACGAGUGCUUGUAGUGAGGGACAUACAGAAAUAGUAAGGAUGUUGUUAGAUAUAGGAGCAGAUUAUAAUAAAUGUGACAAUGAUGGUUGGUCGCUUAUAAAGAGUGCUUGUUGUGAGGGACAUACAGAAAUAGUAAGGAUGUUGUUAGACAUAGGAGCAGAUUAUAAUAAAUGUGACAAUGAUGGUUGGUCGCUUAUAAAGAGUGCUUGUAGUGGGGGACAUACAGAAAUAGUAAGGAUGUUGUUAGACAUAGGAGCAGAUUAUAAUAAAUGUGACAAUAAUGGUUGGUCACCUGUAACGAGUGCUUGUAGUGAGGGACAUACAGAAAUAGUAAGGAUGUUGUUAGAUAUAGGAGCAGAUUAUAAUAAAUGUGACAAUGAUGGUUGGUCGCCUGUAAAGAGUGCUUGUAGUAAGGGGCAUACAGAAAUAGUAAGGAUGUUGUUAGAUAUAGGAGCGGAUUAUAAUAAAUGUGCCAAUAAUGGUUUGUCGCUUAUAAAGAGUGCUUGUAGUGGGGGACAUACAGAAAUAGUAAGGAUGUUGUUAGACAUAGGAGCAGAUUAUAAUAAAUGUGACAAUGAUGGUUGGUCACCUGUAACGAGUGCUUGUAGUGAGGGACAUACAGAAAUAGUAAGGAUGUUGUUAGAUAUAGGAGCAGAUUAUAAUAAAUGUGACAAUGAUGGUUGGUCGCUUAUAAAGAGUGCUUGUAGUGGGGGACAUACAGAAAUAGUAAGGAUGUUGUUAGACAUAGGAGCAGAUUAUAAUAAAUGUGACAAUGAUGGUUGGUCACCUGUAACGAGUGCUUGUAGUGAGGGACAUACAGAAAUAGUAAGGAUGUUGUUAGAUAUAGGAGCAGAUUAUAAUAAAUGUGACAAUGAUGGUUGGUCGCUUAUAAAGAGUGCUUGUAGUGGGGGACAUACAGAAAUAGUAAGGAUGUUGUUAGAUAUAGGAGCAGAUUAUAAUAAAUGUGACAAUGAUGGUUGGUCGCUUAUAAAGAGUGCUUGUAGUGGGGGACAUACAGAAAUAGUAAGGAUGUUGUUAGAUAUAGGAGCAGAUUAUAAUAAAUGUGACAAUGAUGGUUGGUCGCUUAUAAAGAGUGCUUGUAGUGGGGGACAUACAGAAAUAGUAAGGAUGUUGUUAGACAUAGGAGCAGAUUAUAAUAAAUGUGACAAUAAUGGUUGGUCACCUGUAACGAGUGCUUGUAGUGAGGGACAUACAGAAAUAGUAAGGAUGUUGUUAGAUAUAGGAGCAGAUUAUAAUAAAUGUGACAAUGAUGGUUGGUCGCUUAUAAAGAGUGCUUGUAGUGGGGGACAUACAGAAAUAGUAAGGAUGUUGUUAGAUAUAGGAGCAGAUUAUAAUAAAUGUGACAAUGAUGGUUGGUCGCUUAUAAAGAGUGCUUGUAGUGGGGGACAUACAGAAAUAGUAAGGAUGUUGUUAGACAUAGGAGCAGAUUAUAAUAAAUGUGACAAUGAUGGUUGGUCGCUUAUAAAGAGUGCUUGUAGUGGGGGACAUACAGAAAUAGUAAGGAUGUUGUUAGACAUAGGAGCAGAUUAUAAUAAAUGUGACAAUGAUGGUUGGUCACCUGUAAAGAGUGCUUGUAGUAAGGGGCAUACAGAAAUAGUAAGGAUGUUGUUAGACAUAGGAGCAGAUUAUAAUAAAUUUGACAAUGAUGGUUGGUCGCUUAUAAAGAGUGCUUGUAGGGAGGGGCAUACAGAAAUAGUAAGGAUGUUGUUAGACAUAGGGGCAGAUUAUAAUAAAUGUGACAAUGAUGGUUGGUCACCUGUAACGAGUGCUUGUAGUGAGGGACAUACAGAAAUCGUAAGGAUGUUGUUGGACAUAGGAGCAGAUUAUAAUAAAUGUGACAAUGAUGGUUGGUCGCUUAUAAGGAGUGCUUGUAGUCGGGGACAUACAGAAAUAGUAAGGAUGUUGUUAGAUAUAGGAGCAGAUUAUAAUAAAUGUGACAAUGAUGGUUGGUCGCCUGUCAUGCAUGCUGGUAGUAAGGGACAUACAGAAAUAGUAAGGAUGUUGUUAGACAUAGGAGCUGAUUAUAAUAAAUGUGACAAUGAUGGUUGGUCACCUGUAACGAGUGCUUGUAGUGAGGGACAUACAGAAAUAGUAAGGAUGUUGUUAGAUAUAGGAGCAGAUUAUAAUAAAUGUGACAAUGACGGUUGGUCGCUUUUAAAGAGUGCUUGUUGUGAGGGACAUACAGAAAUAGUAAGGAUGUUGUUAGACAUAGGAGUAGAUUAUAAUAAAUGUGACAAUGAUGGUUGGUCGCUUAUAAAGAGUGCUUGUAGUGGGGGACAUACAGAAAUAGUAAGGAUGUUGUUAGAUAUAGGAGCAGAUUAUAAUAAAUGUGACAAUGAUGGUUGGUCACCUGUAAAGAUUGCUUGUUGUGAGGGACAUACAGAAAUAGUAAGGAUGUUGUUAGACAUAGGAGCUGAUUAUAAUAAAUGUGACAAUGAUGGUUGGUCGCCUAUAAAGAUUGCUUGUAGUGAAGGACAUACAGAAAUAGUAAGGAUGUUGUUAGACAUAGGGGCAGAUUAUAAUAAAUGUGACAAUGAUGGCUGGUCACCUGAAAAGAUUGCUUCUGAAAAAGGUCACAGUGAAAUAGUUAGUUUGAUAAAUGAACAUUCCAGGAAAUUAACUGUGAUAUCUGAGGAUAUAUAACAGACUAGGAUUGAGUUAUAAGUAAUAUUGAUAUGAUCAUGCUUGGUCAUUUAAAGGCACAGAAGAGUUACAAAUCAUUUAGAAGAUGUUAAAUUUAAUGUUAAAUUCACAAGAGUAUUUCAUUCUUUGUACUCAAUCUGUUAAUAAUACAUAUUUCGAGUUGUAAUUCGAAACUGACAUCCAGUUUCAUCAAUAAAAACUAACCGCCACUUAAUAGGCGCAAUAGUGCCAACAGUGGCGUUAAAACACCAAUCAAACAAUCAACCAAUAUUAUCAGUACACAUCCAACAUCCAAUGGAUUUAGUUAAAGACGACAUUACCAGUCAGAGAAAAUCAUGAUAUUGUGCAAUUCCGAAAUACAGGUAUUGACAGAUUCUAUAGCCUAAU